GAGCGCGAGGCCGCAUCAGAAAUUAAGAGCCUUCAGUUGUUUUCUUUUUUUGUUCGUUGCGUUCAUUUUGCCAAGUGCUCGUUUACCUGAGUGACAUUUAAUUUGCAAAUAACCCGAAGAAUUUAUUUGUGAAACUGACUCUUGAAAAAAUUCGCAACCAGUGAAGACAUGGCGAAAUCGAUACCCACCGCAUUGGCGCGAAAUACCUCUUGAAGAGCAGAGAGAGACAAACCGCCGUGGCCUCGUUAGAACAUGCAUUAAGACUCGAGUGAAGCAAGUGACGUGACAUUGCGACCAGCCUCCUCCUCCUCCAAGAUGAUUCUCUACGGCAACGCUGCUCUGACGCCGUCUCCCUCGGCCUCGUCUUCGCCAGGCUCCAGCGCGAGCAUGUCCCCUCCUUGCACCCUUGCAAUGCCAGACCUCGCCUUCACCCAUUGCAAGAACGAGCUAAAUGAGCUGGCCGUGCCCUCCAACCUCCACCCCAUGUUGAUGUCCACGAUCCCCAAGUGCGCGGGCUGCUCGGAGGCCAUCCUCGACCGUUUCAUCCUCAAGGUGCUGGAGCGAACGUGGCACUCUCGCUGCCUCAAGUGUGCCGACUGCGGCGCGCAACUCACCGACAAAUGCUUCGCGAGGAACCAGCAGGUGUACUGCAAGGAGGACUUCUUCAGGCGGUACGGCACCAAAUGCGCCGGCUGCGAGCAGGGCAUCCCCCCGACGCAGGUGGUCCGCCGCGCCCAGGACAACGUUUACCACCUCCACUGCUUCGCCUGCGUCAUCUGCCAGCGGCAACUGAACACAGGGGACGAGUUCUACCUGAUGGAGGACAACAAGCUGGUGUGCAAGAGCGACUACGAGCAAGCUAAGCAGAGAGAGGACGACCUGAGUGGCAAACGCCCGCGCACCACCAUCAGUGCCCGUCAGCUGGAGAAACUGAAGGCCGCAUACAGCAAGUGCGCCAAGCCGCCCCGCCACGUCCGCGAGCAGCUGGCGGCCGACACGGGCCUGGACAUGAGGGUCGUGCAAGUCUGGUUUCAAAACAGAAGGAGACGCGACAAACAAACGACCACGUACAACCAUCUCGGCGCGGCAGUUGGAGCAACUCAAACAGGCCUACAAAGAGAGUCCGAAACCCGCUCGACACGUUAGGGAACAGCUGUCUCAAGCACUAGGCCUGGAUAUGCGGGUCGUGCAGGUCUGGUUCCAAAACAGGUAAACGCCAUGAAGGUCCCUUUCUUUUUGGUCAACCACACACAGACAUUGAACUGAAGGAAAUGAUGAUCAGUGAUAAGAAACAGAAAGAGAUAUGAUGGAAUCUCUGAUAAGAUUAAUAGAGAUGUGAAGUGUUUUUGGUGUUUCAUAUUGUUUUUUGUUUAUCUCCUGUUGUUGUUGUUUUUUUGUUUUUUGUUUUCCUGUCACUGUUGCCGUUGCUGCUCCGGUGAAGUGUGUGUAGAUCCGAGUGUUUGGUUCUGUCAGAGAUUUUAGUUUUUUUUAUGUACGAAAGAAGGGAAUAGAGGAAAAGAGUGAUGGAGGGGAGAGGGGAGAUUGUGGAGAGUCAGUGGAAGGGGGGGGGAUGGAGACGAGGGGAGAUAUGGGUGUAGAAAAGGGGGGGGGUGUAGGUGUAAGGAUGGUGGGGAGACGUACGGACAGAUAAAAGGGGAGGCGAGAGGAAAGGAAGUGGGAUAGAUAGACAUAGGCAGAGAGAAAAGGUAGGAAGGGGAAUAGAAGGAAUGAAACAGGUAUGAAAGUGAGGAUCUGCUGUAAAAAAAAAAAAAAA